ACACUAAAAGAAUAUGUAAUUCCGUUUGGAAAAUAUAGUUAGUUCCAUUAUGGCUAGAAGUUCUUCAUGCUCCAGUUCAGAUGGAGACUCUCAGACAUUAACAAAAAGGAAACACAACCCAGAAGACAGGAACAAUAAUAGGCAUCAGAAUUCUAGCUCUGACUCUAGUUCUGACUCCAGUUAUUCAUCUAAUUCAAGCCCAUCAUCAAGAGAGUCUGACUCGAACUCCAAAUCUCUGAAAAGUAAUGGACAUUAUUCUAGAUCCCGUUCUCGAUCUUCAUCGUCUGGAAAGGGGCGUCAUGCUGGUAAAAAAUUCUCUCCUGAUUAUGGAAAGCAGCAACUGAUGAUUAACCGAAAGAGGUCUCCUGAAGACAGAGAUUCACAUCGAUCUUACUCAUCUCAUAGAAAUAGGUCUCGUUCACCUUUCAAGAAAAGGACAUCUCCUUCAAAACGACGGUCACCGUUGAGGUCCCCUGAUAGAAGAAGGACAUCAACAUUUCACGCUUCGCAAAGGAGGCGAUCACCCCCAAGUCAACAGUCUUUGCACAGGAAUAAUUCAUCUUACAGAAGACGAUCCCGCUCGCCAUACAGAAGAAGAUCACGUUCACAUUCUCCAGAUUCAAAACAAACGAGAUCUCCCAACUCCCGUCGUCAGCCUCAUCAUCACCACCAGCAGCAGCAGCGUAGUUUUCAAUCUAAAAGAAAUAGUAGGUCCCCAUUUAACCGAAGGCAGCGUUCUGGGUCAGCAUCUCCUCAUCGAGAAAGGGACAGUUAUAGAAAAGAUUACAGAAAAUCAGAUUCCAGAAGUCCUGAUCGACAUAAUGAUGGGAAAGGGAACCAGAACAAUUUCAGAAAUAAUAGAUUUGAAAACGACGAAAGAGGGACAUUUAAGAUUCCUGCUGACCGUUCUUCAGGUUCUAAUAAUUUUACUUCAAAACAUCAGGACUCUAACAAGAAUAUGGAUAAUUCUUCACACAGGUCAUCAUCACCACGUACAAGUGGGAAUUCUUGGUCUUGGCAGAAUGAUUCUGGAACAUCUCAGAGAAAUCGUCCAGGGCCAGCCCCAGAAAUGUUUGAAAGGCGCCGUUAUGAAAGGGAACGCAUUGGAGAAUUAGGUGCUCCAGAAGUUUGGGGAACUACUCCUCCUAAAUAUAAUUCUGAUGACAGUGAUGACAGCUCACCCUCCAAGAUGAAAAGAAAUGUUAACGAUUCUGAUGAUAGUGAUAGUAGUAGCGACAGUAGCAGUUCAACUACAAAAAAAAUUAAUGUUUUUCCUGUAGAGAAAAAGAAGAAAGGAAAGAAGAAGAAGGACAAGGAGAAGAAGAAGAAAAAGAAGAAGAAAGAAGAUAAGAAAAAAUCUCACAAAAGUAAAAAGAAAAAAAAGAAAAGUAAGAAAGAUGAGCCUCAUGAUGAUGAUGAUGAUGAUGAUGAUGAUGGCGAUGGUGAUGGUGAUGAAGGUGUGUGGGUGGAGAAGGGAAAAGAAGGAAGUGAAAGUGAAUCAGCAGAAGAAACUGUCGGGCCUUCCCCAUUUGUCAUUCAAACAGAGGUACAAGGGAAAAUUAAUUAUGGUAAAGCUCUGUUACCAGGAGAAGGUGCAGCUAUGGCUGCAUACAUUGCAGAAGGCAAACGUAUCCCACGUCGUGGUGAAAUAGGAUUGACCAGCGAUGAAAUCCAGUCAUUUGAAGAAGUUGGUUAUGUAAUGAGUGGUAGUCGGCAUCGGAGAAUGGAAGCGGUCAGAUUGAGGAAAGAAAACCAAAUUUACAGUGCUGACGAAAAACGAGCUUUGGCAAAAUUCAACCACGAAGAACGAACAAAGCGUGAGACGAAGAUUUUGUCACAGUUUCGAGAAAUGGUGCACAAGAAGAUUCAAGAAAAGCAAUAAACCAGAAAUGUCAAUAUGUAUAAUUUAUAACACCAAUAAAAUUCUCAUUGCUAUCAUUA